AUGACAGAAAACCAACACCAGUCUUUGGAGCAACCAACUUCCUUCAGUGAAAGAAGUAGAAGUGUUUCUUUUUCAAAACUACUUUCAAAAUCAUGGAAAUGGAAUAGUAAUUCCGGUACCAUUAAUAGUACUCAAGGAUCUACAUCAUCUCAUGAUGAUUCUCCCUCUCAGUCAAAUGUUAAAUUAACAGAAGCGGAUGACUCUAAAAAUGUAAUACCUGAAACUAUAGUGACUCCAGCUGAUACAGAAAUGAGUUCCAGAUUCUCUAAAUUUAAAAGCAUAUUUCAAACUAAUAAUAUGAGUCCCGCUAAUUAUACUAGUUCUACAUCUAAAUCUAAUAGCAAGUACUCGGAUGCUUUACAAGUAGACGUCAAAGAUAAAAAAUCAUCAAAUGUGAGGACUGAACCACAGUCUCCUGUGCUCCGUUCCCCAACACAUGCGCAUCUUGAAGCACAUUAUCAUCCUUAUACGUCACCUUCUUCGCAAUCUAACCCUCGUUCUCCAAUGAGUGAACCAUUAAAUGAGGAUUACGUUUAUCAACAACAAAAUUUGGCAAACAAUAAUAAUGGUAAUGGUAGUAGAAAACGUUCACCAUCUGCUCCAGUACUACCAAAAUCUCGUGAUAUUGGUAACAAUGAUAAUGAUACGACUAAUUCUUUUACAAUGAACUCUGGAUAUCUUCCACCAGCGGCAUUAUCAUCGGCAAAUUCCACAUCCUCUCCAUAUCAGAAUAGAAACAUGAGUAAUAUAUCGUUAAACGAUAUUAAGGAGGAUGAGCAAGUUAACAAAUUUAAUGAGUAUAAGUCUCCACUACGUAAAGGAAGUAGUGGACUUAUUCAAAAGAUUGCAUCUCCUCUGAAAGGGUUCUCUCAAGGAAAUAGUCCUAAUGACAGUCAAGAAAAUAUACAACCAUUCCCAUCUAUUAUUGUAGGACUAACAGAUGAAGAAAUAGACGAUACCCAGGGAGAGGAUAUUCAUCGUAAUGAAUUAAGAACACCUCAAUUGGGGUCACCUUUGAAAGACGAUAAGAAAAUUGAAAUAAAGAAUAAAGAUAUAAGGGAUAUUACUAUAAAGGAUUUCCAGCCAAAGGCACCACCAAAGGUUUUUGAUGACGCAGAACCAAAAAGGUCACAACGUUUAAGGACAAAAUCCUUUAGUAACAAAUUUAAAGACAUUACUGUUAGCCCCAAGUCGUUUGAGAAAGUAAGAAUGCUGGGUCAAGGUGAUGUGGGUAAAGUUUUCCUUGUUAAGCAAAAGAACACAAAUAGAUUGUACGCUUUGAAAGUAUUUAGCAAAUCUCAAAUGAUAAAGAGAAAUAAGGUUAAAAGAGUGCUUGUUGAACAAGAAAUUUUAGCUACUAGUAACCAUCCAUUCAUUGUAACAUUAUAUCAUUCAUUCCAAUCGGAGGAUUACCUUUACUUGUGUAUGGAAUAUUGUAUGGGUGGUGAAUUCUUCAGAGCAUUGCAAACAAGAAAGAGCAAGUGUAUCUGCGAGGAUGACGCCAGAUUUUAUGCAAGCGAAGUUACUGCAGCUCUAGAAUAUUUACAUCUCUUAGGCUUUAUCUAUAGAGAUUUGAAACCUGAAAACAUUCUAUUGCAUAAAUCUGGUCACAUUAUGUUAUCUGAUUUUGAUCUUUCGAUUCAGACUCAAGAUGCCAAAAAUUUUAAGAUCAAGUCACCAAUGAUUACUUCAGGACAUAACCAAUCAGCAAUGAUAGAUACUAAGAUAUUUUCUGAUGGCUUUAGAACCAACUCUUUUGUUGGUACUGAAGAAUAUAUUGCACCUGAGGUUAUUCGUGGUAACGGUCAUACGGCUGCAGUAGAUUGGUGGACACUAGGUAUAUUAAUUUACGAAAUGUUAUUCGGGAUGACGCCAUUUAAGGGUGCUGAUACCAAUAAGACAUUCUCCAAUAUUUUGAAAAACGAUAUAACAUUCCCAAAUAAUAAUGACAUCUCAAGGCAUUGUAAGGAUUUGAUAAAAAAAUUGCUGUGCAAGAACGAAUCGAAAAGAUUAGGAUGCAAAAUGGGUGCUGCUGAUAUUAAAAGGCAUCCUUUUUUCAAAAAGGUUCAAUGGUCAUUUUUAAGGAAUCAAGAACCGCCAUUGAUACCUAAAUUGACUGAAAAUGGAUUUGAUUUUGCUGCUACAUCUGCAAAAAAUAAAAAAAAUAAAAAUACACCAGCAAAUAAGUCACAAGAUGGUACAUCCACUGAUAAACCCAUUGAUAAGCCUAGUAUUGAUUACAGUAAAGUUGAUAUAUCGUUAUUAUCUCAAGAGGACCAAGAAAAGGUUAUGUUUGGUGAGCCUGUUGCCACAGAUGAUGAAGUGCCGGAAGAUGACCCAUUCCACAAUUUUAACUCCAUGAGUUUGAUGGAAAAAGAUAAUGAUUCUAUGAUAUACGGUGAUAAUAAUUCAUAUGGUAAAAUUGCUUAUACGCCGAACUCCAACCGUUCUCGAAGCAACAGUCACCGGGCCUUUUUCAAGAAGUAA